GAUCUGUCCGCGAUCGUAGCCGCGCGUCUACGCAGCUACGCCGUAGAGAUCGCUACGACAGUCACGUGCGAUAACGAGCUACGAGCCCACAGUUGCAAUACGUAAUCUGUUUAAUCAAUUGGAUUUUAUGUGAUAAAUGCUAUUGGUUUAGAAAUCUUAGUUAAUUUUUGUCAAUUAUUGUUUGGUUUUGACGGAAAUAUUUUUGGAAGUGAUGAGGUUUCCACAGAGUACGGAAUAACCAUGGCACAGAGUUUAUCAAGUCAGUAUGGAGCGUCACGGGACCCUGUCUCCAUCCACACCCAGUAGCCGAGGCAUGGAUAAAUACGAACAGUUGUCAGUUGUAGGCGAGGGCUCUUACGGCGUAGUUCUGAAAUGCCGCCGUCGUGACAAUGGGCAGCUGGUCGCUAUAAAGAAGUUCCUGGAGACAGAAGACGAUGCUGCCGUCAGGAAAAUGGCGCUCAGGGAGAUACGGAUGCUAAAGAAGCUCCGUCACGACCACCUGGUGAACAUGAUUGACGUGUUCCGGCGCAAGCGACGGUUCUACUUGGUCUUUGAGUACCUCGACCACACACUACUGGAUGAACUCGAGUCUUCUUCGGGGGGUCUCGGCGAGGAUACGGCUAAGAAACAUCUGUACCAGUUAUUGAAGGGAAUUGAGUACUGCCACCAGAACUCCAUCAUCCAUCGGGAUGUAAAGCCCGAAAACGUCCUGGUGUCCAACACGGGGAUAGUCAAGCUCUGCGACCUGGGCUUCGCGAGAGCCCUGGCGGCGCCCGGGGAGCCCUACACGGAGUAUGUGGCCACCAGGUGGUACAGAGCUCCGGAACUAUUGGUAGCUGAGCACAGAUAUGGUCCAGAAGUGGACAUCUGGGCGAUCGGCUGCCUGUUCUCGGAGAUGAUGACUGGGGACCCGCUGUUCCCAGGGGACUCGGAUAUCGACCAGCUGGCGCUCAUUAUCAAGACUGUUGGCAAGCUGGCCCCUCGCCACCAGCAAGUCGUCUCGCGGUUGUCGGGCGCCGCGGCCCUCGGCGCCACAGUCGCCGCGGCCACUCGGACCAACAACCUGGCCGGGACAGGUGCGGGGCGCGAGCUGCUGGCGGCGUGUCUGAGGACUGAGCCCAGGGCGAGGCCGAGUGCUUCUGCGCUCUUGAGGCACAAAUACUUCAUAGCAGACGGAUUCGCGGAAAAUUUUAAUGCGGAGCUUAGGAAGAAACUAGGAAAAGAGAUCGAGACACCGCCUCAACAGGCCAGCACAGCUCGCGUGGCGGGGAAGCCGAGGCAACAGUGGACCUUAAGCAUUAUACCUGACCACAGCAGAUCACGAACCGAUAGCAUUCCGGGCGAAUCUUUAAUAGACUACAAUUAUCCCCGAUCUUUGGAACAAAAUAAUUCCAGUCUAGGAGAGAAGACCCCACAGCCGAGUCCCACCGCUGCCACCACUCAGGACAACAGCGAAAUAGUAGCUGCCUUACCUCCACCGGCCAAACCCGCGCCUCCCAAGUCGCUCGCGAGGGCUAUCAAUGAAACAUUUCAGACCUUCCCUGUGCCCGUUAAUACGUAUCCAAGGACGCCAUAUAUUAAAAAAGUAAAUAACAAAUUGGUGAUGGACGAAGACCUGGUGCGCGGUCGAGCGGCGCCGAAGAAGAACGGGAAGAAGGCGCCACCCGAACUCUUGCUGCCUUACGUGCCUGGAGCUAGCAACAGUCCUCUGAAGAAGGCCAAGAAACCACCCGCUUCAUUAAAUACCUCGGCCAAGAUGUACGAAACUUGGGAAACUAACAAUCCACAAGACAUGCCAGGCCACAUGAAAACAAACCUGCCGUACAUGUGACUGCACGACACCGGCUAUUGGAGAGCCGCCUACUACUGAAGACUGCUGUACUUUGUUGAUAUCUGUGAACGUUUUAAAUUGGACAUUGUAAAUACUCUUUCAGUAACUCUGCCGUCGUAAGACCAAAAGACUAACCCCAUAUUUUUUCGAUUUUGUAUUAUAAAUAUAUACUUAUAUAUUCGGAAUCGGCAAAACAGGUUCCGAAUAUACAGGUGACUUAGGUAAUUUAAAAUAAAAUACGUAACUAUACGCGACUUUUCUUUUAUGACGGCAGAACUAUAUGUUCAAUAUUUGGUCGCUGAUGGACAAAAUGGCGGGAAUUAUAACAAAAUGGCGUAACUCAGUGACGUAACGUGUCUUGGUACUCCAAAAUUUUAUAACCUAAACACAUUUUUUUUGUUUGUCCUAGCCUUUUUAGUCCUGAAAUUCUGUCGGGUACGAAAAACGUAUUCUGUUGAAGAAUUUGAGUAGUAUUUAGUAUAAUUUGUGAGUGAAUACAUAAAAGUUAUGCUCAUAAACAACAUGUAAAUUUUUUUGUGAAAAAAAAUUGAAGUAACUAAGUACAUGUUCAAACUAUUUGUUAAUUACAUCUCCUCGUAUAGAUGCAUCAGAACAUCACAUUUUGUUAAUAUUUAAUGUUAUUUAUUUAUUGAAACAUGAAGAUGUUGCGUUUGUACGAUUUUUCGUUAAUUUAUGAUAAUGGCGUUGAGAAUUAUCGUGGUUUUUUUAUAAAGUUUUCUUAAUAAUACAAUUUAUAGUAGUUAAAAUGUAAAUAAUUUGUAAAGUGUUGCAUUUCGAUACACACAGCAAUAAACACUUUUGUUAAAAAAAAAUUGUUUUCCAUUUUUUUAUACCCCAUUAAGAACCUUGAAACCAUUGAAAUUAAAAUAAACCCCAUAAGUCACUGACAUAUUAUACUACUACUGUACAAAAUAAAACAACAUAAUAUUUUAUAUAUAUUUUAAUUGGCAGUUUAAAACUAAAAAAGUACAGUUUACAAUUUCUUGAUGACUUGAGACUAAUUCUAUUAGUUCUACGAACGACAAAUGGCAUACACAUCGUUUUCAGCAACAAUAGACCUUAACACCUAAAGCAGAAGUUUUUAACUCCGUUGUUACAGAAUUUCACUUUGGCUCUUUCGAAAAUUAUGAGAAUUAAUACUGUACCAAUGUGUAUUGGGAUUGGUAUAAUAUUAUCACAAUAAAUAGUUACUACACGGUAUAGAUUUGUUCUUAAUGUUAUUAACUUAAAUAUGCGUGUAUAGUGUAUACCUAUGUACUAUGAGUUUCAAAGAAGUAUUUCAGGACUGUCAACAGCGCCAUAUUUAUUUCGGUUACAACUUCAUUAUUGAUUAUAAUGUACAAUGCGCUUGUGCAAUAACAAAAUCGUCUACUGCGCAGGCAAACCGUGGACACGCCAGUUCGCAACUCUUAUAAUUCGCAUUGUAUCAUACACUAUACAAAUUAAUUUUGAUUGUGAUUGUAAUGUAUGCUGUAUUUAUGCAGAUUUAUUACCGGUUUGUAUGGUUAGUACCACAAUCUAUCGUACCACAUCUCUGAAAAUCAGCAUCUUGCCUCAUUGUCCUCAUAACACAAGCUAAGAAGGACCUUUAGGUUGCAUACUACACGUUAAACUGUAAAACUACACGUUACGUUUGUAUACAGGCAGAAUACAUACUGAAGGAUAAUCAAGUAACUGAACAUAGAAAUUGGGACUAAGUACGAGAAAUAAUUCACCCUCGUGGUCCCAUUAAUGGGACAAAACUUUGGGACCACGGGAAAAGAGCGCAAACAAUUUUGUUGAAUGUAUUUUUGUUAAUAUUGUGAUUUAAUUUAAUUUUGUUUUAUGCACUAAAUAUAUAUAUUUCGAAAUUGGCGCGAAAUCUAAUAUGGCGUCGUCGUAGACAGUCCUAUUCUUGUUUAAAAUGCUAUGUAAAAUAAAGCGAUCAAACGAUAUAUAUUUACAAAAAGUGGCAGCAUUAGGUAUAUAAUUAGUGUGUAA